UUAAAUUUGAAAUGGAGCAUUUAUCACCGGGCUCAGAACUUUCUGAGUCGUUUUUGACACCUCCGAAGCCUCAUAUUUUGAUAAAUGAAACUAUUCUUGCUACAAAUAAUACUAGGAAAGAUAGAGAUUUAGAGACUCCAAGUAGUCCAAAAAUUGCUCAGGCGCCAAUUCCAAAAACAAAUUACCUAGAUGCUUCUCUAACGGAGAGUAAGCUUAGAAGUAGAGAGUUUGACACCCCUGAUCUUCCUAACAGGAGUCAGGAUAAUAAAGACUUAGUCUUAAUCCAAAGUGCUUUAAAAGAGAUCAAGAAUAGCUUGACAGCUUCUGCUUUAAAAGAGAACAUUAGCACUAAUGCCUUUGCUGAGUCCAAAAUGGGUGAAAGUAGGAUCAAGAAGCUUCAUGAUAUUGUUUCUUAUGAUAAAUCGUAUACCCUCAGGGAAAGUUUGCAGAAAUCAGCAUUCAGAAACUCCUAUAGAGAUAACAAUUAUCCUAAACACAUUGAAAUUUUAGAUAAGCUUGAGAUGGUAGAACAGAAAAUGGCACUUCACUUAAGAAACCAAGAAAGUAGGAAUGAUUUUGGCAACAAAAGCAAUCGUAUUGAACAAACUAGAUUUUCUUAUGUCCUCCGGACAAUUGAAACCAAUCUGGAAUCGCUGAUUGACAAGAUUCAAAGAUGUCAUCCUGGUCAGGCUAAGAACAAUUACUCUUUUCUGAAAUUCUCAAAACCUUCUGAGAGCUCAAGAAGGCUGGAGGGAUCGCUGCUUCAGAGAUCCUCUAUCUUAUCUACUCCUCAGAUGGUUUCUGAAGAGGUUUCAAUAGAGUCUAUUUUCAAGCUACUCACAAGGGCUGACAAAAGCUUGGAUAAUUUAUCUGGAACUCUAAAGAAUGAGUCUAAAUUCAAAACUCAACUCAGCAGAAAAUUAGACUUCCAGAACGUGAAUAGUUCAGAGUUCCUACAAAAAUCUCUUGAGACUAAAUUCGACCAAUACAAAGUAGAACUUGAGAGCGAAUUUAAUCGAAAAAUUGGAGAAAUUACGAGGAAAAAUGAUGAUAUUAUUGAGUCCUUACAGAGAGACCACAGAAAAGAACUUGAAGAACACACAAAGCAAUGGGAGAUGAAACUGACCCAAUGUGAAGAGUUCUUCCAAAAUCAGCUCAACAACACAAUCGAAAAGAUCAAGGCUGAGUACUUUGAAAAGCUGUAUGCUUUUCAAGGAGAUAGUUCCCUUAGAUCUUCUCAGAUGACAUAUGACAAUAACUUUAAUGAGAUAAAGUUACAGACUUUCAGGAAUUACAUCAACCCUGAUAUCUCUAAAGGAGACUCUCAGAUUAUAUUCAAUGAAGAGCUCGAAAAAUCCAAGACUGAAAUAAUGAAGGAAGAAGAGAAGAAAUACAAGAGAUUCAUUGAAGAAUUUACUGAAUACAGAAAACAAGAGGUUGACAUGUUCAAAUCAACUCAGAUCACAUUCGUCAAAAAUUUACAGAGAGAAGUAAAUCAUCUUACAGACAUAAUCCAGAAGGUCAUUCAAAAUCCUAAAGGAUCUCAGAAGAAAAGCAAGAAUAUUGACUUGUACAACCUCCAGGAUUCUAUUGAAAAUGUGAGUAAUAAUUUACAGAAUUAUUUCUCAAGAGUGUCCCACAACUCUAAUGAAGAGUCAUACUUUAGUGGUCAUUCCAAUGCUGAAGCUCAGCGCCAGUGCAAGUCACAAAAUAUUGUAGUGAAAGAAGGCAUGAAUGAGAAAUACUUCUAA